AUGGAUAUUGAGAGUAAUCAGAGUAUGAAGCCGUCGUCAAGGCCGGAGAGUAAGAUGAAGAUGAUACUGGUGGCGUCCAUCGCUGCCGGAGUGCAAUUCGGGUGGGCGUUGCAGUUGUCUUUGCUUACACCCUACGUGCAGCAACUUGGGGUCCCACACAAAUGGGCCUCCGUCGUCUGGCUGUGCGGUCCCAUUUCCGGCUUACUAGUGCAACCCAUCGUCGGUUACUAUAGCGAUCGUUGCAGGUCACGUUUCGGUCGCCGCCGACCAUUCAUAGCCGCGGGCGUUGCGCUUGUUGCCAUCGCCGUCUUCCUUAUUGGAUUCGCUGCUGAUAUAGGCGUCAGUUGCGGCGAUUCCUUGUACGAAGAUACGAAGCCGCGAGCCGUCGUUGUGUUUGUGAUCGGGUUCUGGAUGUUGGACGUGGCCAACAACAUGUUACAAGGCCCCUGUCGAGCUCUUUUAGCCGACAUCUCCGGUGACGACACGAAGAAGAUGAGCACAGCCAAUGCAUGGUACUCCUUUUUCAUGGCUGUCGGAAACGUGCUUGGUUACGCCGCUGGAUCGUUGAAAAGUCUCCACAAGAUGUUCCCUUUCACCGUCACCAAAGCCUGUGAUAUUUAUUGUGCGAAUCUUAAGAGCUGUUUCUUCAUAGCCAUUGCUUUGCUUGGACUACUUACUGUGCUGGCUAUGGUGUACGUACGCGAGGACCCAAAUGAAGAUCAUGAGACUGAAGAGAAAGGCGAGGGAGGAGCCUUGUUCUUGAAAGAAAUUACGGGUGCUUGUAAAGAGUUGAAGAAGCCGAUGUGGAUCUUGCUUUUGGUCACUUGCUUGAACUGGAUUGCAUGGUUCGGCUUCUUACUAUUCGACACAGAUUGGAUGGGAAAGGAAAUAUAUGGAGGUGAAGUCGGGAAAGGGCAUUUGUAUGGCAUGGGAGUUAGGGCUGGUUCACUAGGGCUCAUGCUCAACUCUAUAGUGUUGGGAGUCAUGUCUCUUGGGAUUGUCUACUUGGUUAGUAGGGAAAGGGCUAAUCUACUUUGGGGAGUGGUAAACUUUGUGCAAGCAAUAUGUCUACUCAUGACCGUUCUGGUCACUAAAUUGGCCGGGAAGCAUCGGCAUGCUUCUGUUGAUAAGCUGCUGCCACCCCCUGCUGGUAUAAAGGCCGGCGCAUUGGCUAUAUUUGCUGUGUUGGGGAUACCUCAAGCGGUGACCUACAGUGUUCCCUUUACCAUGGCCUCAAUAUUUUGCAGCAACUCCGGCGGAGGACAAGGGUUGUCGUUGGGAGUCUUGAAUAUUGCCAUUGCCGUACCACAAAUGUUUGUAUCUCUACUAAGCGGACCGUUGGAUGCUGCUUUCGGAGGUGGUAACUUACCAGCAUUUGUUUUGGGAGCUUUUGCUGCUGUAAUAAGUGGAAUAUUGGCCUUGACUCUUCUACCGUCUCCAAAAUCUGAAGAUAGUCCAACUGAAAACGUUUUAGCUAUUGUGUGA